AUGCAUGGACGGAAAAGCAGCAACUCGAAGGAAGAUAAAGCCAAGCUAGAAAAGGUCAAAGAAUUAGUUCACCUUGGGAACAAUUUGAUAAAAAAGAAGAAUGAAAAAACCUAUGAUAAAAAAUACAUCGAGUCCACAUCCGUUAUUUUGAGGAAGUGUCCUUAUCUAGAGACUUUGUGGAAUUUCAGGAAGGAAUAUUUUGAGUUUGUGCAAAAUGUCGGCACACCAGUUGGCGACGUGGGGAAAGGCGACGAAGAAGCGGAUUGCGCAAAGCACCCCCCCUCUGAGGAUCUAAAAACUUUGAUGAAAAAUGAGAACACAAUGGUUGAAGAAAUUGUGAGCAAAUUUAACAAGUGCAACGAAUUAUGGUUUCACAAAUUGUGGAUAAUAAAGUUUUGUCUAAAGAAUGAUCUAAUGGAUUUCUCUGACCUGAUGAAUGAGUUAGAAUUUUGCAAAAGCGCCUUGUACAGAGAUGACAGGAACUACCACUGUUGGAAUUAUCGAUCCUACAUCAUCGCAUGUGUGCAUAUAUAUUUGAAGAGUGGGAAGCAUGGGAAGGCUCAGAACGGGGAAGCUCAAAUUGCGAAAGGCAGUAGUGACGAACGUGAUCCAGCCUCUACACAACAUGGCAACCAAUUUGAUGUUCAUAAGUCCAAUUACGAGCUUUCGAAAACAUUGAUUGAAAGAAAUUUUUCCAAUUUCUCCGCCUGGUUUCUGAAAUACACGAUACAUGAAUCCCUAAUUUCCACCGAGAACGAGUUAGACUUGAUAAAAAAUGCAAUUUUCACGGAUCCGUUUGAUCAAAGUUUGUGGGAAUUUUAUAGAUGGUUUCUUUUUCAAAAGGGUAAUGACAAGGAGGAAAUAUUUUUCACUUUAUUGCAAAAUAAUUGCGUUUAUUUUUUUUUCCAAAAUUUGGUUAUGGCUAAUCUAUCAAAAUCAAAGUGCUAUGAUGAGAAUGGAAAGGAAAUAACUGGAGAGUGGGGUCAACAUUUCGUACCUCCCAACAACCCGCAAGACAGUUUCGAAUCCUACGUAUAUUUUUUUAAAAUCACCGAUAAGCAUAUCCUUUUGAGUGAUCAACCUACUUGUUUAAAAUUUUGUAUAUUUUAUUAUAAGUAUAAUCUUUACGAACCAGAGGAGGUUCAUUACGAGAAAAAUGUCUUGAGCGAUCUGAUGGUGUGCCAUGACUUUUUAAGAGAAGAAAACAAGUAUGAGCACAACAUCGUGUAUCUGAUCGAUUUCCGGAAGUUUUCCCAAAACGAACAUUUCAAAAUAUUAUUAGAUUAUGAUACACUGAGUAGAGGAGACGCUAAGAUGGACUCCAAGUCUAGUUGCCUUAACACAUUCACUCCGUUAUAUAAAUAUAUCAAUCGCUCCAACAUAUUGUUGAAUACAGCCAAGCACAUAAAUUUCGCUUCAUUAAAUUUAGAGCUUGAGAAUAUAAAUGAACUACUACUUUUGGAAAGGAAUUGCAAGUUUGCCUUAUUUACGAAGCUCGAAAUUUUAAGAAGGCUGGAACAGUUCGAUGAACUUUUCCACCUACUUGAAUUGUUAAAGCUAGUGGACAGCAUCCGGGUGGAGUACUACAAGGACUUGGAGACGGAGCUGCGGAUACAGAAAAAAAUACAUGAAUACUACGAGGAUUCCGAAAUGGGCGACAAGGGGGCUCUGGAUCUGAGUGGACUAAACAUUGACAGCAUAACUUACCCUUUCAUGAUUGAAGCCUUUUUUAUACCCAGUAUUAAUUUGUCCAGCAAUCUCAUAUCAGAGUCGUACAACGGCAAGUGUACAAUAAACUUUUUGUACAACCUGAAGGAGCUGAAUUUGAAUCAUAACAAAAUAAAAAGUCUCGUAGUUUUAAUGAAGAAUUUGUACAACCUGAAAUUACUGGAGAAGCUUGAUGUGAGCAGCAACGCACUGGCAAAUUUGGACGAAGACCUGGACAACUACUCCUUUGUAUUGUUGCCCAAUUUGAAACAAAUUAACAUUAGCGACAGCAACCUUUCCGCGCUGCUGAACCAGAGGUACAAGCAUAAAAGCGUGCUCAACACCUAUAACGUGAUGCAGGACGGUUGGCGGGUAAUUUUAUCCAAAGGGUAA